AUGCCGGUGACCGACACUCCGCAAACCCGGGUGCGGGCCUUUGUCGGGGAGACACCGCGACCGAGGAUUCCGCUGAAAAAGCCCUGCGCUGCUUCAGGGCCGCAACUGUCCAGCGUUUCGCGGAUCAGGAGUGCUUUAGGCGAGCACGGGUCCGCAUCUGCAGCCACCAACGGCGGAGCGGCAACGGCGUCGGCACAAGGUCGAGGGUAUGCAUCCGUGCCGCGAUGGCCGAUGCCAUCGGACUAUGCCGACGCGUCGCUGUCUGCCACGCGGGAAGCCCAGUCUGCCACUCCGAUGCACAACCCGGCCAGCAGCGCAGCGGAAACGACCUAUGCACCCGCAGGUUCGGCUGCCCGGCAGCGUAUCGGUAGGCCGUCGCGUCCCCCUGGAUCAUUCGGUGCAGAGGCCGCAGGUGUCCCCAUGUAUGCAAGCACGUCACGCGUGCACUCAAUGCCGAGGCCGAUCGGUGGUGGCACGUCGGUCGGACGUGACGACCACUCUGCGACGUCUACCACGCGGGAUGGCUUUCCGGCAUCCCGGCUCUUCGGGGACGAGUUCGCGAGCGCGACCACGUCGCGCAUGUUUAGGGGUUCUCCCAACUCGCAGGAGGUGGUUUUGUUCGCGGUGCACCCGCAAACCGUGGUCCGGCCGUUGCGCCGGGCGGUGCGGCAGGUGUACACCAGACUGCUAGAGUGGCUGCUGGACGUGUUGCGUCGCCGAGGGAUGCAGCGCAGGGUUGCGCUUGCGCGCCUCAAUCGCACCAGAUGGUUCGCUCGGCUGUUCGACUACACAGCGCUUGAGAGGAUGCUGAAUAUCUUCAAGCUCUACCUGAGCCAAUCCGAUGCGUUGGCGGUGCCGCGGGAGUUUGUGGAUGUGUACGACGCAUUUUCACAUGAAAUAAAUCGGUACUGCCUGUCGGAUUCGAUACGUCCGCGGGGGGAGAACGCACGCGCGCACCGCGCUUUGGUCGUAGGGGGGAUCGACUUUACUGAGGAGACCCUAAAGAGCAUGACGAGGUCGUUCGAGCCGGUGCACCACCCGUCGCAGCAGACGCCCAUGAUGCCGAUGCACAUGCAAUCAGUGGGUUUGUCGGGAUCGACGGGCGCCGCUAACGCAGGAGGCAUAGCUUCGCCAACAGACCCCAGCGGCGCGUCUACCAGCUUCAGCCCAGAGGUCAGCAAAGCGUCGAUAAACCGCCGCUACCUGGUCACCCAGUACAACAUUUCAGUGCUGGUCAGCAUUAUCUCGCGCCUUCAGGGUAUCAUGCGACAACGGCAGAAGACGCUCGACGACCUCAAUAAGGAGCGCGAAGAGUUGGGCAGCCGACUAUGCGAGCGCAGGCGUGCGUUGUUUGAGCGCUGCCGAUCCUUGACCGAGCGACAUAUUCUCUCCGAUUCUACGGACAUGGAGAAAACGUUGCAGGAUAUACAGCAACAGUUCGACUGCACCGGAACCAAUCGCACCUCCAAAGUGCUGGAGGAUAUUGAACGCCAUAUGCGCGUCAUCAGCCGCCGCGCCAAAUCACUCUCUUGGUUGUAG